AUGGACCACUUUGAGCAACUCGUCCAAUCCAUCAAGGAGGAAUUAGGACCGUCAUCUGGGUUGACUUCUGACGAUGUGAACGUGGACCACUUAACACAUAUGAUGGAUCGAUAUAUCUCCGACGAAAAGGAGUGGUCCAAGUAUGCAUUGGCAGACUCCAACAUGGCAUAUACCAGAAAUCUCGUCGACGAGGGGAACGGCAACGCAAACUUGCUCGUGCUAGUUUGGACUCCAGGGAAGGGUAGUCCGAUCCAUGACCACGGUAAGGCUCAUUGCCUGAUGAAGAUCCUCCGCGGCAACCUCACCGAAACUCGAUACGACUUUCCAGACGGCGAUAAUAAGAAACCGAUGCAGCUCAAGUCGGAAACAGUGCGUAAGGAGAAUGCCGUGGCCUAUAUGGCUGACGAACUUGGACUGCAUCGCAUGUCCAACGAGGGUAGCGACUACGCCGUCUCCCUACACCUAUACACCCCGCCGAAUGUGGCCAAGAACGGCUGCAACAUCUUCGACGUUAAGACGGGAAAGAUGACGCAUAUUUCCAAGUGCGGCCACUAUUCAGAGCAUGGUAAACGAGUGCAGCACUAG